CACCACUCAUGCAAGUUUAUUCAUCUCUUGAGCGGUGCUUUCAUAGGCGCGCACCAAAAACGCACCACCGGCUCCGCGUCUCUCUUUGUCACCACUGAAUUCUAAAACUCACUCAAUUACCUAUCUUACCGCCCUACCACCAGCGACAGGCUACACAAAGACAUUUGAUAUUCUCAGAGAGCUUUAAUUCCUCCACACUCGCCUGUGACUGAGAGAUGAAUCAGAAAAGCCCUUUACUGUGGAUUUUCCUACAGUGUGCCGCUGCGCUCUUCUCCUCUGCUCUUGGGGAAAACGCUGUUCUGAAAGGUGAAGACAGUGGAUUUGAUGAAUUGUCAACAGACAGCAAGGUACUCGAUGGCGUCAUCAAGUACAACAUGAGAAAGACUUUAGAUCUGGACCAGGAGGGCUGCUACCUGAUGACUGGCAAGAAGGAGUGUCUAGAGGAGUGUGGCUUCAAUGCUACAGCCAAGACCAUCUUCAUCAUCCAUGGCUGGACGAUGAGCGGGAUGUUCGAAAGCUGGAUGCACAAGCUGGUCUCAGCAGUGAUGCAGCGUGAAAGUGAGGCCAACGUUGUGGUUGUUGAUUGGAUCUCAAUGGCUCAGCAGCUGUACCCUGAUGCGGUCAACCACACCCACGAUGUGGGCCUCAACAUUGCAGCUAUGCUAAACUGGCUUCUGGAUGAGCAGCAGCUGUCCCUAGAGAAUGUGCACCUGAUUGGCUACAGUUUAGGCGCUCACGUAGCCGGUUACGCAGGAACGUAUGUACGAGGGACCAUUGGCAGAAUUACUGGUCUAGACCCAGCAGGACCGAUGUUUGAGGGUGUAGAGGAACAGAAGCGCCUUUCCCCAGAUGAUGCUGACUUUGUGGAUGUUCUGCACACAUACACCAGAGAGGCUUUGGGAGUGAGCAUUGGGAUCCAGCAGCCUAUUGGGGACAUUGAUAUCUACCCCAAUGGUGGUGAAGUGCAGCCUGGCUGUGCGUUGGGUGAUGUGCUGGCAGUGGCUGGAAAUUUCAUGGAGGUGAUGAAGUGCGAGCAUGAGCGCGCCGUGCACUUAUUUGUGGACUCCCUGAUGAACAAGGAGCACAUGAGCUUUGCCUUUCAGUGCACAGGCCCAGACCGCUUCAAGAAGGGUAUCUGCCUCAGCUGCCGCAAAAAUCGAUGCAACAACAUCGGCUACAACGCCAGGAAGAUGCGUAAGAGGCGCAACAGCAAAAUGUACCUGAAGACGCGUGCUGACACUCCCUUUGGAGGCUACCACUACCAGAUGAAGAUGCAUGUGUUCAACAGGAAACAGUCAGACAAUGCAGAUCCCACCUUCUAUGUCAAGUUGUAUGGCGCCCACAAUGAUACAACAGACAUAUUUGUCGAUGUCCAUGAUGGCAUUAUUGGUCUGAACCUGACCAACACCUUCUUGGUGUUUACUGAGGAGGAUAUUGGUGACCUUCUGAAGAUCCGUCUUAGCUGGGAAGGAGAAGCUGAAUCCUGGGGCUCCGUCUGGAAGAACAUCAAGAAGACGUUCUGGGCCUGGAACGCCAAGCCACCCAAACCUGUGCUGCAAGUCAGACGGAUUCGUGUGAAAGCUGGAGAAACACAGAAGAAGUUUACCUUCUGUGCUCAAGAACUCUCAAAAACUGAAAUUUCACCAGGAGAAUCCGUAACUUUUGUAAAAUGUCGUGAUGGCUGGGAAGUGAAACCAAGAAAACGCAGGGUGCCCAUGUAACAACUUAGCACUUCCAACAACCAAUGCACAGUCACCAUGGGGGACCCAACAUGGAUCAGUGAGAAGCAUGCCUUCUCUUUCUUUGAGCACUUUUCGUAGGAGGAGGAUUGAUCAGCGCACGGUGGGGAGGAGCCUCGCGUUUUGAGAUUCUGGAAGGUUUUCCAGUGAUUUCUGGAAACGAGGACUCCAGGGUCUGUCCGGCGUAUGAGACAGCCGGAAACCAGCUCAUUCGCAGGUUGGAAGCUGAGGCAGUCCUACAUGUGUUAAGAUUGCCUGAGGAGUUGCAGAACGUUCCUUUUGUGUGGACUAGUGAAGUAGAAUACAGAUCUGUGCCAGUGGACAUACACCAGCAAUUAUAGUCACUGUACUGUACAUUUUAAAUAUAUUUUUUUUUAUUUAUGAAAAAAAUGGAAGCACUGCAAGACCAACGUUAUUUAUCGGAGCACAUCCCAUAAUGAAGCAUAUGUUGAAUGCAUUUCUCCUAGAUGCAGUAUUUGUGUGUGUGUGUGUGUGUGUGUGUGUGUUAAUGUGUGGGUGAUUGUCUGUGUUGUCCCCAUGAAAUGUGCCUUUCUGCUGAGAGAGAUUACUGAUACACUGUAUAACUGAAGGAGAUACCUGAUCUCAUUGCACACAAUCUUUCCCAAGGCUUUGUGCAUAGUGUUCCUGUUACUGUAUGUGGCUUAUUUUGGGGGUGUGUUUAUGUAUAUAUUGUAAAUAUCUGUUGUUUUGUUUUUUUUCUUUUGGAGAAAUAAAUUCACCUGUUAUUUGUAGAAA